AUGGACUUUGUCGUUGGUCUUCUAAAGACCUUAGGCAAGUUUGAUUUAGUUCGGGUCAUUGUUGAUAGAUUGACCAAGUCUGCUCAUUUCAUACCAGUUCAGAUCACCUAUACUUCUCAGAAUAUAGCUUUUCACCCUCAGACAGAAGGUCAGUCUGAACGGACGAUUCAAGCUCUAAAGGAUAUGCUCCGAGCUUGUGUGAUUGACUUCGGUUAUCAUUGGGACCCGUUCUUAGCAUUGGCGGAGUUUGUGUAUAAUAAUAGUUACCACUCGAGCAUUGAUAGGGCCCUAUCUGAGGUUCUUUAUGGGAGGAGAUGUAGAUCUUCUAUUGGGCGUCUUGAUGCGUUUGAGGUAAGGCCAUGGGGUACUGACUUUUUGAGAGAGUCAUUAGACAAGGUUAAGAACUUGUCUUAUGAGGAAGAGCCUAUUGCUAUUCUAUAUAGAGAAGUUUGUAAGUUGAGGUCUAAGGAGAUUGUGUCAGUGAAGGUUCAAUGGAAAAACCGCCUCAUUGAGGAAGCUACUUGGGAAACUGAAUCAGAUAUGUGUAAUAAUUAUCCCCAACUUUUCACUGAGUCUGGUACCUUUCCCUUUGUUUCCUUCCUGUUGCCUGUUCAGGGACGAACAGUUGUUUAA